AGCGCAGCAGGGGUAGAGGGAGCGGACGGGCAGCGCCUUCUGCCGACUCCGGACGCAUCCCCGGCGUGCGCAGGAAUGGCUGCCCUUCCCGGCGCCGUACCGAGGAUGAUGCGGCCGGCUCCGGGGCAGAACUACCCGCGCACGGGAUUCCCUCUGGAAGUGUCCACUCCACUUGGCCAAGGCCGGGUCAAUCAGCUUGGUGGGGUCUUCAUCAAUGGGCGACCGCUGCCCAACCACAUCCGCCACAAGAUAGUGGAGAUGGCCCACCACGGCAUCCGACCCUGUGUCAUCUCCCGCCAGCUGCGCGUCUCCCAUGGCUGUGUCUCCAAGAUCCUGUGCCGCUACCAGGAGACCGGUUCUAUCCGGCCUGGGGCCAUCGGAGGCAGCAAGCCCAGACAGGUGGCGACUCCGGAUGUGGAGAAAAAGAUUGAGGAGUACAAGAGAGAGAACCCGGGCAUGUUCAGCUGGGAGAUCCGGGACCGGCUGCUGAAGGACGGACACUGCGAUCGCAGCACGGUGCCCUCAGGUUUAGUGAGUUCGAUUAGCCGUGUCCUCAGAAUCAAGUUCGGGAAGAAAGAGGAGGAAGAUGAGGCCGACAAGAAGGACGAGGACGGAGAGAAGAAGGCAAAACACAGCAUCGAUGGCAUCCUGGGCGACAAAGGGAACCGGCUGGAUGAGGGCUCAGACGUGGAGUCGGAACCCGACCUCCCGCUGAAGCGGAAGCAGCGUCGGAGCCGGACCACAUUCACGGCCGAGCAGCUGGAGGAGCUAGAGAAGGCCUUUGAACGGACCCACUACCCCGACAUCUACACCCGUGAGGAGUUGGCGCAGAGGACCAAGCUGACCGAGGCGCGCGUCCAGGUCUGGUUCAGCAACCGCCGUGCCCGUUGGCGUAAGCAGGCAGGGGCCAACCAACUGGCCGCCUUCAACCACCUUCUGCCUGGAGGCUUCCCACCCACCGGUAUGCCCACACUGCCGCCAUACCAGCUGCCGGACUCCACCUAUUCCGCCUCCAGCAUCUCCCAGGACGGGGGCAGCACGGUGCACCGGCCCCAGCCCCUCCCGCCAUCCACCAUGCACCAGGGUGGGCUGGCUGCAGCUGCGGCAGCUGCUGACACCAGCUCAGCCUACGGAGCCCGCCACAGCUUCUCCAGUUACUCCGACAGCUUCAUGAACCCGGCGGCGACCUCCAACCACAUGAAUCCGGUCAGCAACGGCCUGUCUCCCCAGGUCAUGAGCAUCCUCAGCAACCCUGGCGCCGUGGCCCCCCAGCCGCAGGCCGACUUCUCCCUCUCCCCGCUGCACAGCGGUCUGGACUCGGCCACCUCCAUCUCGGCCAGCUGCAGCCAGCGUGCCGACUCCAUCAAGCCUGGAGACAGCCUGCCCACCUCCCAGUCCUACUGCCCGCCCACCUACAGCACGACCGGCUACAGUGUGGACCCCGUGGCUGGCUACCAGUACGGCCAGUACGGCCAGACUGCUGUUGACUACCUGGCCAAAAACGUGAGCCUGUCCACACAGCGCCGCAUGAAGCUGGGGGAGCACUCGGCCGUGCUGGGACUGCUGCCCGUGGAAACUGGCCAGGCCUACUAGGGCCCCUGGGGUGACUUGUCCCAGGCUCAGCCCCACCCAGCCUUGCCUGACCCCUGAGCCUCCCGGCCUCUGCUCCCUCCUGCGCCUGGAGCCUCAGGAGGCCCAGAAGGGAG